GUUUCUGGUUGUAGUCAGUCUCACCAUUGUGUCUUGUCAUUGACUGAUAGGAAGGAUCCAUGUGGAUCUAGGCGUGUGCGCAGUGACGUGUUCCUGUGGGCUCUGACAUUUGAUGCAUGACCAGGGGCGGACUGACCACUUGGAAACUCGGGCACUGCCCGAGGGCCCGGGGUCAGUAGGGGGCCCCAUGAGAUGCCCCUGGUACCUUUUUCAUAGGCUUUUUUGAGUUUGGGCAAAGACACAGGGGCCCCAUGAUCCCCUAUUGCCCGGGGGCCCCAUGA